AUGGCGUGGGAAGAACCGCGAAAAACAGGCAUGCAGUACCGGCGACUGGGCAACUCCGGGCUGCACGUCUCCGCCCUCGGACUAGGAGGCUGGUUAACAUUCGGCGGGCACGUCGAGAACGAGCAAACAUUCACAUGCAUGAACCGCGCCUACACCAGCGGGAUAACCUUCUUCGACACCGCCGAGUCCUACUCAGGCGGGCAAUCCGAAAUAAUAAUGGGCCAAGCGAUCAAGAAAUUCGGCUGGAAGCGCUCCGACAUAGUAAUCAGCACGAAACUGAACUACGGCGCUGCAAACGGCGACGUGCUGGUCAACAACCACGGCCUCUCGCGGAAACACAUCAUCGAGGGUCUGCGCGCGUCGCUCAACAGGCUCGAUCUCGAAUACGUCGAUAUUGUGUAUGCGCACCGCCCAGAUCGGCUGACGCCGAUGGAAGAAACGGUGCGCGCGUUCAACUAUGUGAUUGAGCAGCGGGGGUGGGCGCUGUACUGGGGCACGUCGGAGUGGGCGGCUGACGAGAUCGCCGAGGCGUGCGGGGUUGCGAAGCAGCUUGGUUUGGUGGGGCCGGUGGUGGAGCAGCCGCAGUAUAAUCUGCUUGCGCGGGAGAAGGUCGAGGGGGAGUUUCAGCGGCUGUAUAGUAGGUUUGGGAUUGGGUUGACUGUUUUUUCGCCGUUGAAGUUUGGCGUGCUGAGUGGGAAGUAUGAUGAUUCGCCUGAGGCGCCGCCUGUGGGGUCGCGGUUUUCGAACAAGAAUGAUAGGUUUGUGGAUGGGAUGAGGGAGGCGUAUGGGAAUGAGGAGUGGAGGGGGAUGAUUGGUAAGGCGAGGAAACUCAAGCCCAUUGCUGAUAGACUCGGUAUCAGCCAGGCUCAGCUUUCACUGGCGUGGUGCUUGAAGAACCCUAAUGUGUCGUCUGUCAUCACGGGGGCGUCGCGGCCGGAGCAGAUCGUCGAGAACUGUGCGGCGCUGCAGGCGUUGGACAAGCUUACACCGGAAGUGAUGAAGGAAAUUGAUGAGAUUGUUGGAUCGAUUCAACUGGCUCCAGCGAGGCAGGAUUGA